UGGAAAAUGAUUCUUAACAUAGUAAGUUGAUAGUGUUGUGUCUUUAGUGAACCAUGUAUUGUUCCUCGGUGAUAAUGUAAAGUUGCAUCCUGGUUCAAUUGGACAGUUUGCUGCCGAGAUGGAAAAGGAUCCGGAGGUUGAUGGAAAGGCCACUUUUGAAUUAACUUCUCAUCUUUAUCACCCAUUGAUUUUCAAUCAUGGAAAAAGGUUAGUUACUGUCUUCAAACAUUUGGUAGAAGAAGAAGAACAACAACAAAAUUCUUACCAGGCAAUUUUAGUUAAGUUGGUUGGACAGUUGGCCUCGUCUUUCUGUCAGAGCUGUCUAUUGCCUUUUCUUAGUUUGAGCCGGUCAACUAUGAGCAACAUAGAUCUUUUGACGGCUAGGAUCACAAGGCGGGUUUUCCCAUUGAUCAAAGUGGUACUAGUGUGACAACAUUCUAUUGCAGGCCAACGAAUUUGUUUCUAAAUGUUAUAGUCGAUUUUGGUUUAUAUUUCAGCCAAGUUCUAA